AUGUUCUCCCGUAACAAGGACCCCUCCCACAUGUCGUCGCUCACCGGCCUCCGGUCGCGCUUCAAGAACAGCAUGUCCUCCUCCGCCAAGAUCCGCUCCUCCGAGGGCUGCUGGACAUGCCGCCUGCGCCGCAAGAAGUGCGACGAGGCCCGCCCCGUCUGCGAGGGCUGCGCGCAGCUCGAAAUCACCUGCCACUACUCGGAGACGAAGCCCGACUGGAUGGACGGCGGCGAGCGUCAGAAGGAGAUGGCCGACCACCUCAAGAAGCAGGUCAAGGUCCAGGCCAACAACCGCCGCGAGCGCAAGUAUCUCCAGUCCCUCGACGUCGACGCGGGGGCUGGUCACCAGCACCGUCAUGACGACUCGGACCCCGACCUCAUCCCCCCUGUCCCGGCCCUCAGCGCCGACGGGGGCUCAUCAAAAGAGACAAACUCAACCUCGCCGUCGACCGUCCACGACACCCCCGGCGACGCCUCCAGCCCGUAUCACAUGGAAACCGUAAAAUCCUCAAUCUCCGAGAUCGCUCCCGGCGCAUCUCCGAACCACGCCCGGCAACACACCCCGGACUGGAACGCAUCCACCCACUCCAGCCCGCCCGCCGCCGCACCACACUCACAACAACCGGCACACUCACCGGCACCGGUCCUCGCCCCGGACCUCAACCCCACAACCCCCUUCCCCGACGACGCCAACCUCGGCUUCAUCAUGAUCUACCUCGACUACGUCUUCCCCUUCCUCUUCCCCUUCUACAAGCCCGCCCUCCUCGAGGGCGGCCGUGGCUGGCUCCUCAACGUCCUCAACCACAACAAGGCCCUCUACCACACCGCCCUCUCCCUCUCCUCCCACUUCUUCGGCGUCGUCCUCAACGGCGCCCAGGUCGAGCACACCCCCUGCCGCAUCCGCUCCGUCGCCUCCCUCCAGCACCAGCUCGACCUCGCCCUCAAGGAGCUCCGCGCCGACAUGGCCCUCAUCAACGAGGCCGGCGACCCCUCCACCCAGCUCCAGCAGUCCUGCCGCGUCCUCGAGUCCAUCGUCCAGCUCCUCGUCUUCGACGUCACCCUCGCAUCCAACGACCACUGGCAGAUGCACCUCGACGCCGCCACCAUCGUCUUCACCCAGAUCCUCCCCACCACCGACGCCUGGGACGCCACCAUGCAGCAGAUGGCCAUCCCCCUCCUCCAGGGCGUCAACUUCCCCCCCGGAUCCCACAAGCCCUGGUCCUCCGACCAGGCCGCCCUCCGCUUCUUCACGGCUUCCCUCCUCUACUUCGACAUCAUCUCCGCCACCGCCCUCGAGCGCCCCCCGCGCCUCCAGAGCUACCACGCCUACCUACUCUCCCCGCGCAAGGAGUCCGCCACCUGCCUCGAGCAGGAGCCCCGCCUGCGCCUCGAGGAGUACUUCGGCUGCCAGUCCUGGGUCCUCCAGCUCAUCGGCGAGAUCGCCGCCCUCGACGCCUGGAAGAAGGAAACCCGCCGCGCCGGCUCCCUCUCCAUGACCCACCUCGUCUCCCGCGCCGGCUGCCUCGAGCUCGCCCUGCGCGAGGGGAUAGCCUGCAUGGACAACGCCUGCCCGCAGCUCCUCGGCUCCUCCGAGCUCGCCUGCGCCGCCGGCUCCUGCGCCCUCACCGACGCCAACCGCCCGCCGCCGCACCCCACGCACGCCGACACCACCCGCCUCCCGCCCGACCCGCUCACCCUCUACCAGAGCGAGCAGGUCCGCGACACCCGCUCCGCCGCGCUGAUCCACACCAAGAUCUGGGCCUAUGCCGCGCUCACGUACCUUUCCACCGUCGUCUCCGGCUGGCAGCCCUCCUGCCCCGAGACCGCCACCAGCGUCACCGCCACCAUCGAGCUGCUCGACUCGCUGCACUCACCCGUGUGUCUGCGCACCGUCGUCUGGCCCUUUUGCGUGAUCGGCUGCCUCGCGACGCCGGCGCAGGAGCACAUGUUCCGCGAGAUGGUCGGCAAGAUGGGCGCCCUGGAGGUAUUUGGGAGCAUCCGCGCCGCGCUGGGGGUGAUGGAGAACGUGUGGGCGGGGCGGGAUAACAUCGACGAGACGUGGGAUCUGGCGGCGUGUUUCAAGGUCCUCGGACACCCUGUGCUGCUGACGUGA